CUUAACGCCCCAUCAUUCAUACCUUCACCCUGAUAAUGACGCUCCGUGGCUUAAUCGUCAGCCAUAGUGAGCAUUAAUGCGCAGAGAAAGCAUCGUGAUCCAGCUAAUUACUUGGAGAAAAACACACGUGGUGACCGAUUUAAUCGAAAUCGGUGGUGUUUGCGCAUUAAUGGGUUCAAGAACACCGUCAACUGAUGAUGUAUAUCUUAUAAGGUUGAUGUGUGUGGUUGCCUGCCAGAUAGAUUGGGCUACCAACGUUGUGUCAAAUCGUCCCAGUGUCACACAGUUUGGACUAGAACUAGGCGAUUUAUCAGAAGACAGUCUAUUGUUCGCAGGUCAAUCCUCUGUGGAUCAGGCAGAUGCAGCAGCGGUAGCGGAAGUUAUUUUUCCAGUGAGAUGAGACGAAGAGGACUAUUGGCUGUCGUCAGCUCUUGAUUUUCCCAGAGUAGUAGCCUAAUUAUUAUCUACAAUGCAUUUAGAGAGGUGCGGAUUUACCAACGUGUUUCCUCACGUUGAUGGACGAUAUAGAGACUUACAAUUUCAAGUUCUUUAUUGAGACAUUACCUCUUGACAUGAGACAUGUCGUUUUCGAGGGGGUCCCGAGUUACUGUUAAGUCGCAUAGAUUUUGGGGGCUUCACUAGCCUACUCUUAUCUGUUGGUUAUUGGGUUAAAUUGGAUUUGCGACUGUCUUCAAGCUCCCUGCUCUGAGAGAAAGAAAUUACUGCCACGAGUUUUACUUAAGAGAAGACCCACUCCCCCAUUUCCUGUUACCCUUAUUACCAAGUGAUUUGGUGAGUGUUACAGUUUGGGUAGCCUACAUUAGUUAAUUAAUUAUGAAAACAGUAAUGCCGAAAUGCUAUCUUUGUAUCUCGUCAGUUAUCUUCCCACUCUUGCCCUGGUUAGCAUAUUCAUUGUUACGAUGGCUAUCCCUGAAAAGUUACAAUGUUAGACACAGUAGUCUUUAAAAAAUAGCUGACAGCAAUCACACUUGUGCGUAAUAGUAUUGGUUGUGUUGGGUGUCGUCCUAUGUUUGCAUAGGCUAGGCUAUGUGUAGACUUGGGUGGGGUGAUUGUGUUAUUCUGUUUAUCGUUUCUUGGAUUUGCUUUUACAACUUUUUAGUUUUCCCCUCUUCACCCUGGAGCUGGUUGUCAUCCGUGUUUAGUUGGAGGGACGUCACGCGGGCGCUCUACAUUCUUUGCACAAGUGAGAGAGAGAGAGAGAGAGAGAGAGAGAGAGAGAGAGAGAGAGAGAGAGAGAGAGAGAGAGAGAGAGAGAGAGAGAACGGAACCUGUAGUCGAACCUGUAGUGGUCGGCAAAAGAAGGGUGAACAAAACACGUCAGGAAUUUGACAAGCAAGGAGCGGAUCUAUCUACACGCCUUACGCAUGUGUAAUUACGCACGUUGAUACAUAUAUCUUAUCACGACAGAUCGCUUUCCUUCCAGCGAUUCAGGGAUUCAGAUAGGUGUUCGGGAGGAAUGGUUGACAGGCUACGUCUUCUGGCUGGAGAUCGAAGACGUCCUUCAGAAAGUGAGAGAGCGAGAGAAGGAGAGCUGACUGCUACAUCGCAACGUUUUUUUUUUUCCUUCGUGUUUUCUCCUGAAAAGGGAGGCCCGCGAAGCCCCAUGGAUGUGUUAUAAAGAAUACCGGAGCGAUCCGUCAAGGGAUUUUCAGCCCUCCUUUUUCCUCGUGGAUUUCCGUGAAGGAAUAUAAAAUCAUGGUCAGAGAGUGUGUGGAAUAAAAUAAAACAGAAACAAACUUCUGCAGAACUUCUCUUUGGACCCAGGCCAAUUUUGUUGUUUUGAUCAGACACACACAUACCCACAGUUACCUGUGUGUGUAGACCUUAAGACUUUUGCAAAGGGUAAAAAAAAAGACUUAAAUUCAGUGACAGUGGCACAACCCUUUGCCAGUUUGUAUGCUGCGCUUGAUGCACAGGCUAAGAUAGCAGCCCAGUCUUCAAAUCUGUAGUCUAGUCCUAGCCUAGUCUAGCGAUUGGGAGAGCCGGCGCUCAAUGAACAGCCACAGAUAGCAGUGGACGUCAGAUCCCACCCGCCCCAGAGUCAAGUGUGGAACCAAGGGAGCGACGUCUGCCAUGAACCCCAGAGAGAGUGCCCAGGAGCUGGGCACGGUGGUGGGGGAGAGACCCCCGGGCUCCGAAGUGGAAAUGGAAACCGAAACCGACCCUCCAGCAGCAGCGCUGGAGGCCGACACUGUCACCGACAGCGAUGUCAAGGCUGAGCCGGCACCGGCGCCGUCGUCGUUCGACUGCACCGUGUGCGGCCGCAGCUUCCCCUUCCUGAGCUCGCUGUCGCAGCACAUGCGGCGUCACACGGGGGCGCGCCCCUACCGCUGCCCCUACUGCGACCACCGCGCCUCCCAGAAGGGCAACCUGAAGGUGCACAUCCGCAGCCACAAGCUGAGCGUGCUCAUCAAGGACGCCGACCCCGCCCACGACGACGACAGCGUCAACGGCGGUGGUGGUGGCGGCGAGGAGGAGGUGGAGGAGUCGGAGAUGGAGGCCUCGGGGACCGGGGAGGGAGAGGGGGACGGGGACGCGGAAGGGGACGCCUCCGUAUCCGAGGGGCUGGAGGGGAGCGCUGAUAAUGACAACAGCAGCAGGCCCACCAAGAACAGCUCGGCCUGCAACGGGGUGCUGAACGGAGACAGCAGCAGCAACGGCGGCAGCGGCAACAGCAACGACAGGGCAGCCAAGGCGGCGGCGAGUGUGCGGACCACCAAACGGGAGCGGACGAGCGUGGACUCGUCCCCCAAGCUGCUGUGCUGCCGUCUGUGUGGCCACGAGGUCCAGAGAGAGGACCAGCUGCUCAGCCACAUCGAAAAGGCCCACAUCACGGCCGACGUGGACUGCAUGGUGGACGAGCCCUCUCCUCCCAUCCCUGCUACCGCUAAUGCUAAUGCUGCUGCUGCUACCGCUACUGAUGCUCCCCCGCAACCAGAUGUGUCGGCAUCGCCGGAAAAAACAAAACUGGAGCCGGAGGUGGACGGCUUCCCGUGCGAGACGUGCGGCCAGGUCUUCUCGCAGGCCUGGCUGCUCAAGUCGCACAUGAAGAAGCACACGGGCGAGCUGGAGCACCGCUGCCGCAUCUGCGGACGGGGCUUCCGCGAGGCCUGGUUCCUCAAGAGCCACAUGAAGACGCACACCACCGGCAAGAGCCGCGGACGCCCGCGCAACACCCACAACAACAACGGCCACCAACACCACAACCACAACGGCAACGACCACUCUUCCUCUUCCUCCUCCUCUUCCUCCUCGUCGUCGUUCACUUCCUCCUCCGUCAGUGACAAGCUGAGGGCUACUAUUAACGACGUGGUGCAGGACCCGGAAGUGGCGGCCACCCUGGGAGCUAUCUGUGUCUACGAGAUCUGCGCCAAGUGCGGGAACCUCUUCCACAACCGCCAGAGCCUCAACGCCCACCUCAAGGUGCACAGCAGGACACAGCCACGACACAAUUCCAAACUCAAUCACGCCGCCUUGGACGAUGACGAUUCGCCCGCGGCCAAGAGGCGGCUGGUGGAUUACCUCGGUCUCCAGCCCAAGGAGGAGCAGCUGAAGGCGGAGGAGAGCCGGCAGAAGGGCCUGGGGAAGAGGGUGCCCGAGCUGGACCCGCUGUGCAGCUACCAGGCCUGGCAGCUGGCUAGCAAGGGCCGCGUGGUGGAGCCUAUGGUGCGCAGGGCGGACCUGGACCUAGAGUCCGCCACGGUGACCUACGACCGGGAGAGCAGCCGCUUCGUGCUAGCUGGCCAGGAGAGGAGGCAGAGCCGGCGAGCAAGCUCCACGGGGGCGGGGAUCGGCGGAGGUCCGUCGGCCCCGUCGCCCACCAACGAGCGCGGUAGUAGCAGCAGCAACAGCAGCAGUGCCGCCGCGAUUGCCGCCGCCAUAGCGGCCGCCGACGACAGCCUCAGCGACUCGGAAUACCGGCCCUCGUCCCGGCAGGAGAGGCGGCGGUCCAGCCAGAGCCGAUCGCACGAGUGCUUCGAGUGCGGGAAGGUGUUCCGCAGCCGUCAUCAGCUGGGCGUGCACGAGCGCUCACACCGGAGGGAGGGACGAGGAUCGGGCGGCGAUGCCGACUCACGCUCCCCCAGCAGACCUGGCACGCCGCUCAACGACAGCAGCCCCUGCCUCACCCCCACCGCCAAGCAGCACCCACGCACCAGCACAGAGGAGAAGCCGUACGUGUGCAGCCUGUGUGACUUCCAGACCCCCGACUCGUCCGUCUUCAUCGCCCACCUGCGGCAGGUGCACCCGGAGCCCAGCACGGUAGUGGCGGCGGCCAAGGAGCCCAGUGCCGCGGCCUCCAAGACCACCCCUGUCUCUACUACCACUCCCACUCCCACUCCUACCUCCUCCUCCUCCUCCUCCUCCAAGAGAAGCAGCAGCACCACCUCCUCAUCCACCACCACCACCAGCAGCUACCCCAAGCUGAAGCGUGCCCUCCUCCAAGGGGCCUCCCCCUCCCCCGUUCCCCGGUCCGCAUCGGACAGACCCACAACGUCCCCCAACACGGUCAUCGCCACUCACGCUCGGCCCCUGGCCCCCGUGGCGGCGUGUUCCGAGCCUGCCGUGGACCUGUGCGUACGGGUGGUGGCGCCCUCUUCUGGUCAGGAGGAGCAUAGCAUCAUCAACAACAACAGCAACAAUGGCGAAGAGGGGGCCACAGUGCCUGAAGACGUGCCGCUGCCCUGCCACCGCUGUGCGUACUGCGCCCACCGCACCAGCUACCCGGAGGUGCUGUGGAUGCAUCAGAUGAUCGCCCAUCGGCUGAACAGCAGCGCGCUGGUGCCCAAGUGGGCACCCCGAGCCAACGCCAAGAAGUCCUCGGACGUGCGGCGCCGCACGGGGCCCCCGCCAGCCCUGGAGGGGAAAGAGUGCCCGCCGCUCGUGCCCGCCAACGCCCGCUCGUCUCGCACGAAGCCCCCGAUAGCCACCAGCACCAACACCAACAGCAGCAGCAGCUCGCGUGGCUCUGUAAGCGCGGGCGUGAAGAGAGAGAGGCCCUCUUCCUCAUCAUCCUCCAUCUCCUCCUCCUCUGCAUCUUCCUCUUCCUCCCAUCCUCAUCGGUCGGGUGCUGGUGCUGGUGGUGGUGGUGUUGCCACGGUGGCCGCCAAAGUGCCCCGGUUACCCUCCACACAUCGCAUCCAGGAAGUGCAUCAGGGUCCGCCCUCAUCCUCAUCCUCGUCCUCGCGCUCCUCGCGGCCUCGUGUGGACACCUACCCCCGCGCCGUCACAACCGGGGGCCUGGACAAGACCCCCACAAGCUCCCCACACAUCCACCACACCUCCUCCCAUCACCACCAGAACCACCACCACAGCCGUCACCAUAACUCCAGCACCAUCAGCACAGCCGGUGGAGGAGGAGGGGGCUUCAGCAGCCACAGCAGCCCCAGUCUCAACUCCACCAGUGCCAGUGCUAGUGCCAGUGCCAGGCAGGGUGGUGGUGGUGCCAGGCAGGGUGGUGGUGGUGGUGGCGGUGGUGGUGGUGCCCGUGCGGUGGGCAUGACGGAUCGUUUCGUGCUGCCGCAGGAGGGGCUGGGCUUCAUGCUGACCAGCAAGCACGGCGGCUUCAGCGAGUACGGCCGGCCCAAGACGACACAGCACAACGCGACAUCCGCCUCCGCCUCCCCCUCCUCUUCCUCGUCCUCGUCCUCCCCAGCCCCCCAGGCCGCCAAGUCGGCCAAACAGGCCGUCCGCAACCACCACCACCAGCCCUCCCACACCACCACCACCUCCAACAGAAGCAACACCACCACCACCACCAACCACCACCACCAACUCCACGCCGGUGCCACUUCCAGCGCCACUGCUGCAGCUGCUGCCGCAGCCCUCGCUAACCACCUGUACGGAGCCUCCCAGCCACACGGGGGCGCCGCGCUGCUGGGCAUGGGCUCGCCCUCGGUGCUGCGCGGCUCGGGGGAGGCGAAGAAGCAGGAGGCCCUGGCCGUUGCUGCCGCUGCUGCUGCCGCCGCCGCGGUGGGUACGCCGGACACGCAGCUGGACAUCCUCAGCUUCCUGAAGAACUGCAACGCCCAGGAGCUGGCCACGCUGUACGCACGCUGGGGCAUGCAGGCCAACCCCCUGCUGGAGCACACAGGUUUGCUGGCUAGGUCCCUGGCCAGACAGGGGGAGUAUGCGUGCCCGGAAUGUGGCAAGAGCUUCAGCCAGCCCAGUCACCUGCGAACACACAUGCGCUCACACACAGUUAUGUAUGAGUUUAAUGGACUGGGCGGUGCUGUUCCCCACCCCACCUCCAAUGAAGCGCCCCAACAAGGGAGAGACCGUUCCGCUGCCUCCUCUGUCCGUACCGAGCCUCUCAGAAAGGGAAUCUGAAGACCCACGUGCAGAGUGUCCACCAUGUGCCCUUCAACGACAGCCUCCACCUCGAUGUUGCCCUCACCAAGAUGGAGCAGUUGUCAGACUCCUCAUCUGCCCUCACCAAGAUGGAGCAGUUGUCAGACUCCUCAUCUGCCCUCACCAAGAUGGAGCAGCUGUCAGACUCCUCAUCUGCCCUCAACAAGAUGGAGCAGUUGUCAGAAUCCUCACCUGAGCUCACCCACACCACGUCCACGUCCCACACUCCUCACCUUCCCCACCCACAACAAUAGCAUGGUGGCCACUCAUCAGAUGGGUACACUUAGUUAAGAGGUAAAUCGUCUAAUAGAAGAUCCUGGAGUCUCCAGCCUCUUCUAUUAGAUGAUCUACCUCUUAACCUGGUUCAGUUUACUCCUGAACCCCAGCUUCUUAGUAUCGGCCCCAGACCUCGACACCAUGAGGUCCAACAACACACACCAAGCUCACAUGCUCAUCCACGACUCACAGCCGCUAUCUGACCUGGCUGUUACCAUGAUGCCCACCACACCAGUCCCAAAUCCUCCUUGCCCCCACCCACAACCCCGUCAUCAAGAGAAAGGAGUUCAUGCCUGCGCCAACUCGCCACUGGCAAACAGCCAUGACGCAUCCAUCACACGUGCAGUUUCCAACCUCACGACCCUUAACCCUAAAACCUGAACCGAAACUGUGGCAACCGCUGUCUGAUGAUCCAAUUCCCCUCUAGACUGACAGCCUGAAGUAAACUCCAUAAGAGAAGUGCAUCUUGGGAGUGAACGCCUGAAGCACUUGUCACUUGCGACAGGAGAAACUUCACACAGUACAUGCAAGCCUUUAUGAGAGUAAAUAUUGAGGAUUACCAUGACACCAUUUCAACCUUGGGGGGAUCCUUGGAGCUAAACAAGGGUGUGAUUCUUGACAGCCUCAUUGAACUUACUUGGUUGCAGUGCAAUUUCCCAUUGGCAACCCACCAAGUUGCUAACUGGUUAGCAAAGGUACUUUCGAGAAACUGGGUCCAGGUAGACGGACAGACGAGUGUGUCUUUGGAGAAGAGAACUUGAAGGACAGCAUGGUGUAGAGAAUAAGAGAGUGAGAGAGAUGUCGACUAACAUUGGCAGAUGAAGGACUUGGAUGACACUGUGAACUCUUUUUUUUUGUCUAUCCCUCUCUCACUCUCGCUGUUUGGGUUUUUGUAUGCCUUUAAUCAUUGUCCAGCUAGUGCCCUUGUUUUCAUUUAUUUUUUUGUAAAAAUUAUUUGUCUUGAAAACCAAAUCUGCUUGCUAAACAUGUGAGGCCACCACCAACAAAGUAAAAACCCUUUGUUUGAACUGUCUUUAACUGUCUUUACAUGAACUUAACAGGAGGAAGGCUUCUCGGCAGGCAGAAGGAUUUACUUCAUCCAACUUCUUUUUGUAAUCAUCGGACAUGUCAUCUGCCAUAACAUGAGGCUCUGAUUCGAAAGGAAAAUGGGGACAAGAAAAGAAAGUGGGAGUGUGAAAGUGUGUGCGCAUGUAGGUAUGUGUGUGCAUAGGUUUAUGGGUACAAACAUGCAUUUUGCAUGUAUGUGUGAGUACAGUGUAGUACUGUGCGUAUGCACAUGUACAUACAUUGUGGAUGGGUAUGUACUUUAUAUGUGUGGUUGUGUUUGCAUUAGCGCUCAUCAUCGAAGUAAGAGUUGUUUUAAUGUCUUGAUUUAAAUGAGCAUGUGGCUUGAAUGCCCAUCUAAUUGCUGUCCAUUUGAAACAGCACUGAUAGCGCUGCUGGGCCCUUCUCGAUCUGUUCUCUGAUCCUGAACCGGAAAGCACACACAAUCCUUAGUGUGGGGAAGGGAGAGCAAAUAGUGCAGACAGCAAGUGUGCUUGUCAACGCUCGUGUGUGUGUGUGUGUGUGUGUGUGUGUGUGUGUGUGUGUGUGUGUGUGUGUGUGUGUGUGUGUGUGUGUGUGUGUGUGUGUGUGUGUGUGUGUGUGUGUGUGUGUGUGUGCGUGCAU